AUGUCCCACCUCAAAGACUACCGCCUCCUCUGCUUCGACGUCUACGGCACCCUAAUAGACUGGGAAUCCGGCAUUCUCUCAGCCUUACAACCUCUCCUCUCGAAAAGCACCACUGUAUUCCCCAAUGCGCACCUGCUGACCGUCUACCACUCCCUCGAAAACGCCCAGCAGCGCCAAACCCCGGACAUGCCCUACUCGCAACUGCUAGCAACCAUCCACCCAACCCUCGCCUUGCAACUAGGUCUCCCACCCCCAAGCCCCGAAGAAAGCACCGCAUUCGGCAACACCGUGGGCAGCUGGCCUGCGUUCCCAGACACGGUGGAUGCGUUACGCCGACUGGGGAAACACUACAAGUUAGUCGUUCUGUCCAAUGUCGACAGGGAGUCCUUUGCGCGCUCGAAUGAGGGCAGUUUGCAAUCUGUGCCCUUUGAUCUAGUCAUCACGGCGCAGGAUGUGGGGUCUUAUAAACCCGAACUACGGAACUUCGAGUAUAUGAUUGAGAAAGUGAAAACCACCUUUGAUAUUCCUAAGACAGCGAUUCUGCAGACGGCGCAGAGCCAGUUCCAUGAUCAUCAACCGGCCAAGAAGAUGGGGAUUAAGACUGUUUGGAUUGAGCGACCGGGGGCUAUGAUUGGGAAGCAGGGGGAAACAGUGUUUGAUUGGAGGUUUGAUACACUAGGGGAGAUGGCGGAUGCUUUGGAGAAAGAAUCGGGUCCAUAG